AUGAGAAGUGAACCUCGCUCAGAGGAGAAAAUGGCUCAGAGAGUGGAUCAGCUGCACUCAGAGAAGCUCUCUUGUGGGAUCUGUGAGGAUCUGCUGACGGAUCCGGUGAGUCUCUGCUGUGGACACAACUACUGCCUGAAGUGUGUUAAAGCCCGCUGGGAUGGAGAGAGAACCUACAGCUGCCCUCAGUGUGGACAGACCUUCACACCGAGGCCCGACUUGGAGGUAAACACCAUGUUAGCAGCUUUAGUGGAGGAGCUGAAGAUUUCUGGACCUGAAGCUUCACCGUCAGAACCAAAGAGCAGAGCUGAACUUUUAAAGUAUUCACGUGAGAUCACCCUGGAUCCAAACACAGCAAGCACAUGCCUGGUUCUAUCUGACGGAGACAGAAAAGCUACAGUGAUGAAACAGGAGCAGCUCUAUCUGGACCAUCCGGACAGAUUCACCGACUGCUGUCAGGUUCUGAGCAGGGAGAGUCUGACCGGCCGGUGCUACUGGGAGGUCCAGUGGACGGAGGAAGGGGUUUCCGUCGCCGUUGCCUACAAGAGCAUCCGGCGGGCAGGGAACUCGGAGGAGUGUGAGUUUGGGUUCAACGACAGGUCCUGGGCUCUGGAGUGCUCCCGGCACGGCUACGAGGUCUUCCACAACAAGAGUCCGGCUUCCUUCGCUGAUCUUCGGUCCCGCAGGGUCGGCGUUUACCUGGACCACAGCGCCGGCGUUCUGUCCUUCUACAGCGUCUCCGACACCACGACUCUCCUCCACAGAGUCCAGACCACGUUCACCGAACCGCUGCACGCCGGACUCUGGCUUUAUUCUGAAGGAGCCACGGCCGAGAUCUGUAAACUGACGUGAGGAUGAGAACUCCUCUCUGUGGUCUGAUGUUUAAACUGCAAAGACCACAUGAAAGCAGGAGAUGGAUUUCUUAUAUACAAAGUUUUGAAAUUCACAAUAAAAUUAGUCUGAGGUUUUGUACACAGAUAAACAUGAUUGUUACGUUUCUGUAAUGUUGCUGCAUUUUAUUUGUAUUUAAUCUCAGCAGUUGCAUUCUAUAAUCCAUCCAUCAUCUCUACACCUUAAU